AAUGAGUUCUAAUCCUAGCUAUAUCCAACUUUGCGAUAUCAACGAUUCUUCGUAUUUAUACUCUGGAAACAUUUUUGCCAGCAACCACAAUGUUGGGGAUGAAGAUGUGUUCUCUCUGUUCAAUUAUCCAGAAUGCUUCCCUCAGUCUCCAUCUGACAGAUUCAUGUUUGACUCUGAUCCUUUCAGACAAGGAGCAGAUAACGAAGCCUGCUAUGUCAAUGAUUUGGGUGAAUUCAAUGGUCAGCAAAGGAAGCCCGAGAAUAUCAAGCAGUCAGAUAGUACUUCUGGAGGAGAAGCCAAAUCUGAUGAAGCUUCUACUCAUCAAAACAGCUCUAUCAAAGAUACGAAGGCUUUCAGAAGAAAAGAUGUAUCUUAUAAAGGAGCAAUCAGACUUCUUAGAAGGUUCUACAGAAACUCCUUUAAGUCUCAAAACCCAGAGAUAGUUCAGAAAACAUAUCAAAAGUGUUCAAUUGAAGAAAUCUAUAAAGGAGUCCAUGACAUGCUGUCUGAAAAGAUUACUGAUGAACACUUGACUGAAGACCUCGUCUACUACACCAUCGGCAUCAUUGGCAUUAAGAAAGCAGCUGAAUUGCCAUGCCAUUCAGAGGUAAAAGACCAGAUUGCAUCCUUCCAAAGGUGAACAAAACAGUUCUCCAGAAUCAGAUUCAACAAGGCUUUGGGAUCUGAGAAUCUAAAGACUCUAGCAAGGCAUAUGAUCCAAGAACUCGAUGACCCUAAAGUCAGCAUCUUUGUUGAAGAGUUGAACUAAGCACCAGACCAAUGCUUCAAGCAGCCACGAAGAGCUUCAUUUGGUGGCCUGGAGAAUCCUAUUCAGGAGAAGGGAAUUCGCCUUGUUUGAUUCUUCAGAAAACUUGGUGAAUUUGUUCAAAGGCAUCAUGAAUAAUUUUAUUGUAAAAUCUG